CGGUCGCUGUCGCUGCCUGGACUUAGCCGGGCCGCUGUCACAGUUGUUGCUGCCGCCGCUGCCGCCGCCGCCGCCGCCACCGCCACCGCCGCCACCGCCACCACCAUGGCUCAGUACAAGGGUGCCGCGAGCGAGGCUGGCCGCGCCAUGCAUCUGAUGAAGAAGCGGGAAAAGCAGCGGGAGCAGAUGGAGCAGAUGAAGCAGCGGAUCGCAGAGGAGAACAUAAUGAAAUCCAACAUUGACAAGAAGUUCUCUGCACACUAUGAUGCCGUGGAGGCAGAGCUCAAGUCCAGCACCGUGGGUCUUGUAACCCUGAAUGACAUGAAAGCCAAACAAGAAGCACUGGUGAAGGAGCGGGAGAAGCAGCUGGCCAAGAAGGAGCAAUCAAAGGAGCUGCAGCUAAAGCUGGAGAAGCUGCGAGAGAAGGAGCGCAAGAAGGAGGCCAAGCGGAAGAUCUCUAGCCUGUCCUUCACCUUGGAGGAAGAAGAGGAGGGAGGCGAAGAGGAGGAGGAGGUGGCCAUGUAUGAGGAGGAGCUGGAAAGGGAAGAGAUCACAACAAAGAAAAGGAAAUUGGGGAAGAACCCAGAUGUGGACACCAGCUUCUUACCUGACCGAGACCGGGAGGAGGAGGAAAAUCGUCUCCGGGAAGAGCUGAGGCAGGAGUGGGAAGCCAAGCAGGAGAAGAUUAAGAGUGAAGAGAUUGAAAUCACCUUCAGUUACUGGGAUGGCUCCGGACACCGGCGGACAGUCAAAAUGAAGAAGGGCAACACGAUGCAGCAGUUCCUACAGAAAGCCCUUGAGAUCCUGCGUAAAGACUUCAGUGAGCUCAGGUCAGCAGGGGUGGAGCAGCUCAUGUACAUCAAGGAGGACUUAAUCAUUCCCCAUCAUCACAGUUUCUAUGACUUCAUUGUCACCAAGGCACGUGGGAAGAGUGGCCCACUCUUUAACUUUGAUGUUCAUGAUGAUGUGCGGCUGCUCAGCGAUGCCACUGUGGAGAAGGAUGAGUCUCAUGCAGGCAAGGUGGUGCUGAGGAGCUGGUAUGAGAAGAACAAGCACAUCUUCCCUGCCAGCCGCUGGGAGCCCUAUGACCCUGAAAAGAAGUGGGACAAGUAUACGAUCCGGUGAACCUCUAGGAGGUCGUGUGGCCUUGGCUGUACCUGGUGCGCACCCCCAUGUCUCCAGAACUCAAGUGGCUAUGCUGAAGUGUGCUGGGAGGACGGUAGCCACACACCCCCUGGCACUGUCAUUAUUGCUUUUUUCUUUUACAAUAAAUAAGUGCACACGUUAGAGCUGGA